AUGGACGAUUGGAAGGAAUUCGUAAAGGUGACAGAACGUGACGGGGAGCUUUUAGCUGAAAUAUGUGAAAUGUUUCAGUCUGACGUUGUUCACAUCCGAGGAGUACUAGCCGAGCUGCCGAGGAAUGGGCAACGAAAUCGACUAGAGCCCACACAGGAAGAAGAAAAAAUGGAAACAGAUGGUGAGUCAAGAACUACGUUCGGAAGGGAUCACGAAUCAUUGAGAACUGAAGGUAUUCAGGGAGCAGCGAGAAAUCGGAGAUCGCAGAUUGGAGCGCCUUACGGGCAAGUUUGGAGGCCGCGUUCGGAGGGAUCGGAAGAAGCAAUAGGAACAUCAGGUCAGAACCUUGUAAAUAUCAUGGCAUUAAUUCAAGCUAAUGCUUGUGUGAGCCCAGGGGUAUUCAAGGGAAGUAGUCACGAGAAUUUCGAAGAAUUUAUUCGAAGAUUCAGUAGGAAGUAUAGAACAGUGAUAUUCGAUGACAAGACAUUACUAGACAUAAUGGUAGAUGAUCAUCUGGAAGGUAGGGCCAAGUCGGUGUUUUUGUCAUUACCAACUAGUGUGAGAGAACAGGGUUUUGAUGCAGUAGUGAGAGAACUGAGAAAAUUGCUGGCAAAUGAUUCAACGGCGGGCCGAUUGAGGGCACUGACCGAACUGAGGUGCCUUAAGCGAAGGUGGGGGCAGUCCGUGUCAGACUUCUGUGUCGUUCUCGAGAAAUUGGGGAGGCAAGCGAAUCCUGCUUGUAGCAUAAGGGAAAGGUCUCUCGAGUACGCACAGAUACUGCUGGACAAUUUGACGGAUUGGCCAGAACAUGUCCACCUACUAAGCACACUCCACCGGGUAGACCCUACAGAGGCGUAUGAUGCAGUCAAGGAGUUGGCCUUAACCAUUGAACAGUCAAGGUGCAUGUUGGCCCCGAGUGGAAAUACCCGCAAAGAUGGAUGGAAGAGAAGGUCAGCGGCGUACCAUCAGGAAGAAAGAAGACGGGAUCCCGAGUCAGGAGGGCUCAGGGAUGUAGUGAGUAGCGAGGUGAAGCCAAGAAGUGGUUUCAGAGAAGGGAUUAGCCGAGGGGAGGCAAGAUAUUCCACAACUCACGAGGAGGUUAGAAUGAGCGAUACGAAUGGAGCGCCUGUGAGAGAACAAGGGAGAUAUACCAGGGGACACGGUGAGCAAAGGAGGUGUUACAAUUGUCAAAAGGUCGGACACAUAGGUAGGGAUUGUCCACUAAAGAGACCCCAAGUCAAUCAAAUCGCGGAUGAAACCGCAAAACGGAGUACGUCACCCCAGGAGUCAGCUACAAAGAAAGAGACGACGCAACGUCGUCGGGUAUCAUCGAUUAUUAGUGGUGCAAGGAGUCUAGGAGUGAAAUGUGGUUCAUUUGGCAAGGAGGAGACGCCACUAGUAGGGAAAUCAAUGACGGUUGAGACUAGGUUACUGAACAUGAGAGUCCCAGCAAUAUUAGAUACGGGCUCAAUGAUAAGCAUCAUCCCAGUGAGCAUACUGGCAAAGGCACAAAAAGCAGGUUAUAAUGUGGAUAGCUUGGAGGUGAUCUCUGAUGACUCAAUCAUUCCGGUGUUCGAUGCGUCGCGUAACCGCAUGGCCUUUUUGGGUGCGGUCAAAAUAGCGGUAGAGCUGGAGUCAGGCAAUAAGGUGGAGGUAGCCUUCCACAUUGUAGAUGAUAAGGAGGCUGAAAUACUCCUUGGCACAAAUGCUCUGGGGAAGUUGGGGGUCCAGGUGCUGUUGCCACCUCAGGAUCCUAUGAUCGAAAGAGAUGCGGAGAAGGUCGUGGUGGCUAGGCGAAUGUACAUACCCCCCGUAUGGAAAGGCACUGGUCUCAGCACGUUACGAGGGAGAUAUUGA